AUGAAUUAUAGUCCAAUACAAGAAAAUAAGGAAUUUCGGGAACUUUUCCCAAUGUCAUUUGGGAAACGAGUAUAUUCUGAGAAUUUAGAAGAUGCAUUUAAAAGAACUAAACGGGAAGAUGCAGAUAUUCAAAAAAUACAUAAAAAAAACCCAUUAAUAACUAAAAAACAAAGAGAUUCAAGCGAUUCAGAAAGUAACUAUGAAGAAGAGGAAGAUGAUUUUCCUAUAUCUCACGAGAUUGUAUUAAAAGAUCAUACCAAGCCUAUAUCGGCUUUAUCAUUAGAUCCCAGUGGAACAAGAAUUGUUUCAGGGUCCUAUGAUUCAAAUAUCAAAAUGUGGGAUUUUUCUGGUAUGUCAUCUACAUUAAAUCCAUUUCGAACGUUAGAAGUGGUUGAAUCUCAACAUGUACAUUAUUUGGAAUGGAAUACAACAGGAGAUGCUCUUUUAUUUAUAUCAGCAAAUAGUCAAGCGAAAAUACUUGAUAGAGAAGGAGAGGAAAUCUCAGAAUGUGUUAAAGGUGAUCCAUAUCUUCGAGAUUUAAAACAUACAUCAGGUCAUAUUUCUGAAUUGACAUCUGGAUGUUGGAAUCCGGUUUCAUAUGAACGUUUUAUGACGUCUUCUGUAGAUUCUACAGUAAGAUUAUGGAAUAUGAAUCAACCUAGAAAAAAUGAACAUAUUAUUGUUCACAAAUCAAAAACACCGGGGAAAAGAAUGAAAGUCUAUUCAUCGACAUAUUCUCAUGAUGCAACAUUUAUUGCUACAGCAGAUAAUGAAGGUACAUUAUCUUUAUGGGCAGCAAAAGGACCUUUUCAUAGACCGAUGGGAGGAACAAUCCUUAAUGCACAUGAAAAAGAAACACAUACAUCAUGCAUUAGUUUUUUACCAAGUGGAAAUUUAAUGGUUACACGUGGAGGGGAUCAUACAGUCAAAUUAUGGGAUAUACGAAAAUUCAAGGAACCACUCAGUAUUAGAAAUCAAAUCGAAAACAAUUAUCCAGAAACUAACAUCGCAUUCUCUCCUAAUGGAGAAUAUAUUCUUACUGGAUCAUCAAUUGUUACAACUACGAAAGAUAUCGGAAAAUUAGUCAUACUCAAGACACAUAAUCUAGAAAUAGUCAAGGAACUAUCUAUUCAUAAUUCAGCAGUAAUAAGAACACUAUGGCACACUAAAAUUAAUCAAAUACUUGCUGGAACGGCAAAUGCAGCUAUACAUGUUUUAUACUCGCCAAAAUCAUCCAUUAAAGGUGCUAAACUAGUUCUAGCAAAGGCACCCAAAAUUCAGCAUAUUGAUGAUGACUCUUCUUUAACCAUUGACAUCUAUGCAGGUGCAGUUUCAGGCAGUAUUAUUCUUCCAAAUGGCAAACUGGAUGAAACUGCAGAUACUGAACUCACGAAUGCUAGACGAGAAAAAUCUAUGAUUAGAAAAGAUCCAAUUCGAAGUAGGAUACCGUCUGCACCUGCAAGAAAUGCUCCUGGGGGUCGCGGUAAUAAUCCAGAUGAAAAUCAUGUUAAAAAUUCUAUUUCUCUAAUCAGCAUGCGUGAUGAGGAUCCUCGAGAGGCAUUAUUAAAAUAUGCAGAACUUGCGGAAAAAGAUCCAAUCUUUACGGGGAUUUAUAAAGAAAACCAACCUAAUCCCAUUUUUGCAGAUCAUACAGAAGAUACAACAGAAACAAUCAAACAUACAAAAAAAAAUACAUUAAAACCCUUAUCCUAA